AUGCAAAGUCCUGAUAAAACAGGUUUUAGUUGCGUGGCUUGUGAUCGUCCGGAUGAUGCAGAGUCCCAAAUGGUUUUUUGUGACCACUGCCAGCAGUGGUACCAUUUCGGCUGUGUUGGCGUCACAGCAGAAGUAAAGGACAUUUCCUGGUGCUGUCAAAAGUGCAGUGGAGGUGGAAGUGAUGACUCCGGUUCGUCCGAGCUGCAAGAGGAGUUGAAGAAGCUCGAAAAGGAGAAGAAGAAGCAGAAGCGGGAACUGGAAAGAGAGAAGAUUUUGCAUCGGAAGCGCCUGGAGGUCCAACAGGAAUUGUUUGAGAUGCGCCAGCAGCUGGAAAAAGAAAAACGGGACAUGGAACUGGAGUUCGAGAAGGCACAAAUGGAGAAGAAGAUCGCCGAAGAAGAAGCCCACCAGAGGAAACUGGACGAAAUGCGGAUGGAAAUGGAAGAAAAGUUGCAGCAGUUGAAGCUGAAGCGGAAAACGGAAACGGCCGAUGGAGAAAAGAAGUUGAAAGGAGCUGUCAGUGGUGUCAAAGUGGGAAGCUCGAAAAGCGGCCCAAGGAAGAUUGCGGAAUUGGAGCAUUCGAAGCUGGGGAAAAACCUCGAGAAGAAAAAGUCGGGGAACAAAAAGCCCGGAAAAGCGGAUGUAGCGAUUGCGAAAUUCAACGAUCCGAGAGGAGCCUACCGCAAACACUCGACGCCGACAGUUGCUCAGCAACUCGCACCAAAGUCGGUUGGAGAUCCAUCAACUUUGCCGGAGAGUUUUCUGAUCGGGCGCGAUGGAAAUUCGACGCCUGUCGGACGCCCAGGGGUUCCCAAACCGGAAAAGGUGAAGCGUAGCAACAAGUGGCAGAUAGCGGAAGAAGAGUCGGAAUCUGAAACGAGUUCCGAAGAAGUAGAAGAAGAAGAGUCCGCUGAAGAGGAGGAAAGCCAAGAGGAAGGAGGACUUCCCUCCGAGGAGGAAGAGAGCUCUCCGGAGGAGGAAGAAGGUUGUACGGAGGAGGAGAUUCGGAGAGUUCCGAAGAAGAGAAAAGGCAAGAGAGGUCACGUCAGAAGCAAAGAGGAGUCAGGCAAGGUCGACAAAGUCGGCAGCAAGAACCAACGAGGGCGCAGAUGUCCGCUCGUCAGUUCCUGUCCAGGAAGUUGCCAACUUUUUCUGGCAAGUUGGAAGAAUGGCCGAUGUUCGUCAGUAGCUACGAGACGUCGACGAAGGCGUGCGGCUUUUCUGACGUGA